CCGCCCUCCUCCCCUCCGCAGAGCACUCAAUGUCGGAACGUUCCGAAGAUGACGUCGGAGCGUUCUCGAAUCCCGUGUCUCUCGGCUGCUGCUGCCGAAGGAACAGGGAAAAAGCAACAAGAAGGAACAGCAAUGGCGACACUGCACCGCAAAGUGCCCAGUCCGGAGGCGUUUCUGGGCAAACCCUGGUCCUCCUGGAUCGACGCCGCCAAAUUACACUGCUCCGACAAUGUAGAUUUAGAAGAGGCUGGAAAGGAGGGUGGCAAGAGCAGGGAGGUUAUGAGGCUUAAUAAAGAAGGGUUCAUCUGUGUUGCAGCAUCCCUCAUUCCUGUUUGUAGAUGGACAUUAUUCUGUAUUUUGUUUAUCCAUCCAUCAGUUGAUGGACAUUUGGGUUCCUACUUAUGGCCUACUAUGAAACACACUGCUGUGAGGUCUCAUGGACAAGUUGAAUGUGGACAAAGUCAUUAUGUCUCAGAUAUGCAUUUGUUUGGCCAUUAUCCGGCACAUGAUGACUUCUAUCUGGUCGUGUGCAGUGCCUGCAACCAGGUCGUCAAGCCACAGGUCUUCCAGUCACACUGCGAGAGAAGACACAGUUCAAUGUGCAGGCCUUCUCCCUCUCCAGCAUCUCCAGCCUCCAAUUCCAGGACAUCACUAGCACAGGCAAAGACAAAAGCCUGUCUCAGCGGCCAUAACGCUGUCAGCAGCACCUCAAAGCCAUUUAAAACGCCCAAAGACAAUCUACUUACCUCCAGCAGCAAACAGCACACAGUCUUCUCUACAAAGGGGCCAAGGGAUAAACCAUGCGUUCCAGUUCCUGUAGUCAGUUUAGAGAAAAUUCCUAACCUAGUGAAGGCAGAUGGUGCCAAUGUCAAAAUGAGCUCCACCACCACCGCCACUUUCUCCUCUGCUGUCUCCACCCCACCUUUAAUUAAGCCCACCUUGAUGUCCAAGCCAGUGCCACCUUCACCAGAGAAGAUCUUAAAUGGCAAGGGGAUUCUGUCAGCCACCAUAGACAAGAAGUACCAAAAUGGCACCAAAACCAGCAACAAGCCUUACCGGAGACUUUCAGAGAGAGAAUUUGACCCAAAUAAACACUGUGGAGUAUUGGAUCCCGAGACAAAGAAACCUUGCACAAGAUCCCUCACCUGCAAGACACACUCGCUGAGCCAUCGCAGAGCAGUCCCAGGCAGGAAAAAACAAUUUGACCUCCUCUUGGCGGAGCACAAAGCCAAGUCGCGGGAGAAAGAAGUGAAAGAGCACCUCCUGACUUCCGCUAGGGAAAUACUUACAAACCCACCUGGACCGGUGCCUGACGCUCUGCAAGGAUCUUCCGGGAGCACGGUGGCAGAGCCGAAAGUAGCAUCCCCACCAAAAUCCAGGCCGCUCAACUCUGUACUUCCCAGACCAUCAUCUGCAAACAGCAUAAGCAGCAGUGCAUCUUCAAGUCACAGUGGCUACACCCCAGAACCCCCUCUGCCCCCAGCUGGAGGUGACCUUGCCAGCCGACUGUCCAGUGAUGAAGGGGAGAUGGACGGAGCCGACGAAUCUGAGAAGUUAGACUGUCAGUUCUCCACACACCACCCCAGACCUCUUGCGUUCUGCUCAUUUGGGAGUCGCCUCAUGGGACGGGGGUACUAUGUGUUUGAUAGAAGAUGGGAUCGUUUUCGGUUCGCACUAAACUCCAUGGUAGAAAAACACUUGAAUUCACAGAUGUGGAAGCACAGAAGCCCGAGCCACAGGGCAUCAGGUCCCUCCCCUCUGUUCAGGACUUGCCUAACCAAUCUGCUGUCACUGAGCAACAUUGGGGCUGCCUGGGUGUCAACUCUGGAGAGCGUAGCACCCCGCUGCCCUCUCAGCCUCGCUGCCCAAACUCCAGGCCCUGGCGGGCCCGAACCUGGAGGGAUGGCAGCCAAUGAGGGCAUGGAAGACAUUAGGAAGAGAAGGAACGGCCAAGACUCUUUUUUCUUUAACAAGCAUUUAAGUCUUCAUCAGGAGGCGCCAGCACAGUGCUCGCUUUCAGCCAGGAAGAUCCCUCCUGCGGCAGACAGCCCCAUGCCCUCGCCAGCAGCCCACAUCGCCACCCCUGUCCCGGCAUCUGUUUUGCAGCCUUUCAGCACCCCAGGGGCUGUGUAUCUUCCUUCAGCUCCCAUCGGCUCGAGACUCACGUCUUCUUACAUAAUGACAUCAGCCAUGCUCUCCGAUGCAGCUUUCGUGGCAUCGCCAGACCCACGCGUCCUCAUGUCCCACGCCACAGCUUUCCCCCACGUGGCCGCAACCCUCAGCAUCAUGGACUCAACCUUCAAGGCCCCAUCCGCUGUGUCCCCAAUUCCAGCUGUCAUUCCUUCUUCAUCCCACAAGCCAUCCAAAACCAAAACCAGCAAAUCCUCAAAAGUCAAAGACCCGUCAGCUCGUACCGACGAAUCUCCAAGUAACAAAAAGAGGAAGCCGCAGUCUUCGACUUCCUCCUCCUUACCCUUGCAGGCUUCCUUCUCAUCUCCCUUGUCAGGGCCCCACAAAAAGAACUGCGUUCUGAAUGCCAGUUCCUCCUUGAACUCCCAUCAGGCAGCCCCUCCCUUUAACAGUCUGUCCGUGCACAACUCAAAUAACGGGUUGAGCCCCCUCAGUGCCAAGCUGGAGCCCUCAGGACGGACCUUGCUGCCCAGCAGCCCCAUGGACAUAGUGAGACAGGUGGGCGCUGUGGGUGGCAGCAGUGGCUCCUGUCCCCUCGCCGUGCCCUCGCUUGCACUCCAUGCAGGGGACCUCUCUCUGGCCUCACACAACGCUGUGUCUUCUCUGCCCCUGUCUUUUGACAAAUCAGAAGGAAAAAAGCGUAAGAGCUCAAGUCCCAGUAGCAAAGCCUGUAAGAUCACUAAAAUGCCUGGUAUGAAUAGUGUCCACAAAAAGAACCCGCCCAGCCUUCUUGCACCCGUGCCCGAUCCCGUUAACAGCACCACCUCUCGGCAGGUUGGAAAAAAUAGCAGCCUAGCUUUGUCACAGUCCAGUCCUUCAAGCAUAUCCAGCCCAGGACACAGCCGACAGAAGAACACAAGCAGAAUGGGCAGGAUCAGGACUCUUCCCUAACAAGAUGGUGAAGCCACUUCAAACCAGUCCCUGCUGACAUCCUCCCCAGGAGACGGAGUCAGGGCAAGGGAGGCACUGGCCUGUGUGGGGAGUGUUUCCAGGACGCUGCUGUGGCUUUGCCUUUCUUCUUUUUUUCACAUGGAUUUUUAGUUGCUUUUGUUGUUGUUUGUUUGUUUUGUUUUUUAAAAAAACGGCAAAAGAACCUGAAUUUGAGAUUUACAGAAAACAGUAUUUCCUCUCUAUUUUUCGUUUAUCAUGUCGUAUACAUUCUUCCAUAUUUGGAGCUACUCCCCUUGCUCCUGAUGCUGCUAGUGCUCCUGCGAACAGAGGCUGCAGACUGGGUUCCGGUUCCGGUUCCGGUUCCAGGUUGGCAUGCACAGAAGCUCUUGAACGUUAGUGCUUGCAGAGCUCAUUCUCUCCUUCCCUACCCUUCCUACCCACCUGUCAGUCACUGUGCUCCAGUGGCCAUCAGAGGCUCUGGCUCCCACCGGCCGGCCGCGCUGGACCACACGCUGGGAGUUGCAUUGCAGGGCAGAGGGGGUUUCUUCAACUGGUUUCUGCAGUUCUUUUUGUCCAGAGCCAAAUGCCAGCCACUAACGUGAGGACAGUGGCCCUUUAAUGAUGCGGUUUACUCAGUGCCAAGGCCCAGCUGUGCAGAAAAGAUACACUGGUCAGGUACAAGGGCAGAAGAGACCUGAGAGGAAGGGAAGACGGUGGGAACCCGAUGGCUGUGGAUGAUUGUGCCGGUCAGAGCCUGUUUGGAACAGACUCUGAAGAGCACUUCCCUGGUCACACUGCAGUUUCCUAAAGCGGGGUCAGCCAGAGACAGAAAGCCCAUAAGACCUAGGAAAGCCACCUCAUGAGGUAACACAGAGGCCGUAGCUCCCGAAAGUUCUGUAGAUAUCAGGAAGGGUCCGGGGCCAGAAAGGGUCCUCUAGAGAAAAGUCCGCAUGGAGUUUUUUGUGUCAAACCCCUUGAGGGAAUAAGAAACACCACUGAUCGCACAGCUACACCUUAGGCAAGUCUGCUCUUGGUCCUCAGGUGCCCUAACUCAGACAGACAGCCCAGAGCUCUGGUAACCGCAAGCACAGGCGUGGGCGGGGACGCUCUGGAGCACCAAGGCUCGUAAGCUGUUCAUGUUGGAGUUUGAAAGAAACAGCCGAAAGAGAAUUCACAGCCCAGAACAGGUGUCUGCGCUUUGACCGGCCGGACGCCCGCACCAUCCUGAGAUCAGGAUGCUAGUUUUGCAGCUGGGCACACCCCUUCUCCCUCCCCAAAGAUCUCCUUCCCAUCCCUUUUCUCCCAACCCAAAGAUGAGACUACUGCUAAAUUUCGCCACAGAACUGGAGUCUGCAAAGGAGUUAUUUCCGUCGAUGGAAUUGCACUGACAGUGUUUCUUACAGGAUUCUUAAACUUUGAAAUAUAAAAAUGAAGUUUUGUUUUAAAGUCAGGAGUUGUUGUUAGUUACCAGGACAUUGGUUGGGUUAUUUCAUUUUUCUUUCUCCAGUGUUAAAAGUGCACUUAUAUGAUGGUUAAUUUAUGUCUGGGGUAGGAAGGACUGCAAAUUUAAGGGGUGAUUGUUAAUUUUUUGUUGGGGGGGAUAUUUUUUUUAAGGUUAAGGCAGAUUUUAAAACUUAUAAAUGUUUAAGAAAUUAUAAACAAGGUUAGAGCCUUUGAAAAAAGUUUAGAAGAUAUUCUUAAAGUAAAUUUUUAUAGUGUUAAUUUUGUAAUAAUUUAUGUUUUACUAUAUUACAGAGCUAACUGACCAGAAUAGUUUCAAAAACAAUAUGAAACUUAGGAAAGUUUAAGCAAUGUUUAUAUUUUUAAAAUGUUCUUUGAAUUAUGUUUUUAUUGUACAUUUCUUCAGACUCAAAAGGUGUGUACAUACCUUUGUUAUUUUUGCACAGUUUUUGUCUUGUUCAGUUUUAGAUGUCUGUUGGUUUAUAUAUAUAUAUAAAUACAUAAUUUAUUUUGAGUUGUAAAACUUGCAGGAUUAAAAACAAAACAAGUCUCAGCAACAAAAUAAGCCUCCGGCCCAUAAACUCUUCUAUUCAAAGAGGGAAAGCAGAGGUUGAAACGGUUGCCUCUGAGAAAUAGCGUCUUCGUAGAGACAGAGGGAGCAAACCGGCUUCAGGUCGGUCCGAUCUGUGUCUUGCAUCCAAAGCUGGGAUAAAGAGGCUCUCCACCCAAUGCUGCUUACUCUCUUGAGAGACCGCUUUGACCAAAAGGUGAGGACAGUUCCAGAAAACUGAGCAAAAAGGGAAAGCCCACGGUAUUUCUUCCUUCACAGUCAUCCCCAGGUUUACGCUCUAAUGUAUUAAAUGCUUGUAGCUAGGGAAAAAACAAUGGAAUGCAAAGAAAAGAUUUCAUUUGUGUUUGUUCCCAUAGAAUUCAACCCCUACAGCACCAGGAGAGUAGCGUCUCCGGGUCUUUCUGUUCCCCAUAACCCACUCAGCCUUCUGUCUCGGCCCCUUGGCUGCUCACACCCCGUCUGCCUGAGGAGCUCCUGACGUGUCUCAGCCUCAGCGGCCUGGAUGUUAGGCAUAACGCAAUGCAUAGACCUGUCAGCCAUAUAAAAUUUAAAAAUCACAAAAUCGAGUUGGAUAACUUGUAUGCCUUCUUUUGUAUCCAUGUACCAACUGUAAAUAACGCUGAUAACCUUUGUAGAAAAUAGUUUAUACAGCGUAUUCUAUUAUUGCUGAUUCUCAGUGAACUCUUGUUUAAAAAAAAAAGGAAAUUUUCUAUUUACACCUUAUAUUUUGUUAUGCUGUCAGCCCAUGGCACUUUAACAAGACUCUGUGGGUUUUAUGUAGCCGGUCAGUCAUGGGGUAAAUUAAAUAACUAUUGUUGCACAGACAAGAAUUUGCACCUGUUCAUUUGUCCUUUCCUACUAACCAGUUUUAGAAGCUUUUCCAGAAGAAUUUUGAAGAGCGCAUGUCCAAUCAUACUCAACAAAGGCCACACUCGUAGAGUGGGUUUCUUUUCUAUGAUCCAUAUUUUGUAACACUAAGUAUUUUCCUCCUUUGUCCCGCACCUUUAUGAAUUAGCACUAUCAGAUAGAAUCCAUUCCAUGCCUGUGAUGAUGUCAGCAAAUAGAUGUCUGAAGUAGGUGUAAAUAGUAAACUCUAUGGCUUACAGUUUCUAAAUGAAAGAACGAAAACGUUAUCUGUUGAUACCACUGUGGUUCAGCACCAGGUCUGGAAGUAUUUAUUCUCCACUGAACGAUUGUAUUUUUUGUUGUUGUUUUUGCUUUUCUUUUGUAACAUGGCUUUGUAAAUAAAAUAAUUUAUAUGUUUGUAAAAA